AUGGCGGAGGCAGGGUCGGCCCGCAUGGACUUUGUGGCAUCCCAUGGCACAGGCACCCCUCUGGGUGACCCCAUUGAGACCGGCGCACUACGCAAGUCGGCCGCCGGCGGUGCAGCCAACCUGGGCGGCGGUGGCAAUGACAGUAACAGUGGCGGCGACAGCGCGUUUGUGUUCACGGUCGGCGCCGUCAAGGCGACGACAGGGCACCUGGAGGGCACCGCCGGACUGGCUGGACUGGCGCAGGCGCUCGCGGCGCUGCAGCAGCGGGCGGCGCUGCCGCUACGGUACCGAGGGCUCAACCCCUACGUGGCAAGCAGCCUGGAGGGCUGGGGUGUGCGGUGCAGGCUGCCCAUUCAGCACGGCGGCGUGGCCCUGGUGGCCGUCGUCGGCACCAGCUCCUUUGGAAUGAGCGGCGUCAACGCGCACGCCAUCCUGCGCGCCGCCACGCCCGAGGACGGCGCAAUGCUUGCGCCUUUCGCACAACGCGAUUCAACAUCGUUCGUCUGGCAGCGCCGCGACUUCCUUCACGCGGCCGGCCCGCCGGCCGGCCACCCGCUGCUUUACGCCGCGUCGCCGCCGGCUGCCGGCGGCGGCGGCCGCGAAAUCGUCGAGUUUGCGGUGCCGCCGCUGUCGCGGCCGGGGCUGGCAUUCCUUUGGGACCACGUCGUGGCUGGCCUGGCGCUGCUGCCCGCGGCCGCCUUCUUGGAGAUGGCUGCCGCGGCCGCGCGCGCCCUGCUGACGCCCGACGCCGCAGCCGCGGCCGCCGCCGGCGCCGACGGCCAGCCGGCGCUGGCAGGCGCCGUGCUCGCGGCGCCGCUGGCGCUGCCCGACAGAUUGCAGCAGCAGGAGCAGGCCGACGGCGGCGGCAAGGGGCUGGUGCUGACGUGCACAGUGGAUCUGACGACUGGCGCACUUGCGCUGCGCUCAGGGCCUGCCAGCGCCGGCUCCCCGCAUCAGCAUCACCUGCAGCACCACGUGAGCUGCUCCAUCAUCACCCUGGCGGCGCCUGCGGCCGCUGCAGCUCCUGAGGGUUCACCAGCCAAUCCGCCGGGCCGCGCCGCGGCUGCGGCCGCGGGCGCGGACGCGCUCCGCGCCGCCUGCCGCGAGCCAGGGGACGCGGCGGCCGCGUACGCGUCCCUGCGGGCGGCCGGCCUGCAGUACGGCCCGGCGUUCAGGCGGCUGCGGGCGCUGCACCGCGGCGCGGGCGAGGCGCUCGCCCCGAUUCGCGGCUCGGCGCCGGCCUUGGACGGGUUUGCAGUCCAUCCUGCAACCCUUGACAGUCUGCUGCAGCUGGGCGCGGCCGUGCCGGAGGAGACGCACGCGACGGCAGAGCAGGCGAUGGUGCCGGCGGCGGUCUCGCUGUUCGUCGUUCCCGCCCAGCCGCCGCUUGCUGCGCUCGGCGCGCGCGGCAGCAUGAGCCAGGGGCUGGUGUGCUUCGGCCUCGCACGGAGAGGCAGCAGGGGCGACAACGGCGCAGCCCAGCAGCAACAGCCGCGCCAGCCGCAGCCGCCAGCUCAUGCAGCAACGCUGCGCGACCACCUUUUGUUGGAUGGCAGCGGCGGCCUGACGUGCCGCGUCGACGGCCUCGAGGCGCGGCCCGCGCGCGCGGCAGCUUCUCAGCAGCUGCGGCAGCAACAGCAGCAGCUGGAGGGCGCAGACGACAUGCUCUACGAAAUCGAGUGGGUGGUGGCCUCUGCCGCCUCCCAAGCUGAGGCCGCCGGCGGUGUGCUCGCGCUCUCGGCCGGCGCCGGCCCCGCUGGCUGCGCCGGCGCCGGCUCGGGAGUGUCGACGUUGGGCGCCGCGGCGGCGGCGCGGGGCGGCCUGCUGCGCACCUUUGGGCAGGAGCACGCGCUCGGACUGGCAGUCCGGGAGUGGGACGGCUUUGACACUGCGAACGCAGCCGCGCCAGCCGCGCCCUCCCUGGCAGUCCUGUGGCGCGGCUCGCUGCCCGCCGGCCUCGUCGACGGCUACGGCGGCCGCAGCCUCGGCGGCGCGGCGCUCGUGCCGUCGAUGCGCGCCAGCGCGGCGGCCAGCGCGCCGGCCGCGUACCACCUCGCCCCGCGCCCGCGCGGCGCGCUGGGCAACUUGGUGCCCCAGCCGGUGGCGGCCGAAUUGUCGCAGGAUGGCAGUGUCCUGUUGGCUGUGAAGGCCGUUGGCAUCAACUUCAGAGAUGUGCUCAACGUCCUGGGCCUGUACCCCGGAGACGCGGGCGAUCCCGGCUCAGACUGCGCCGGCGUCGUGCUUGCCUCAAACGCCGCCGCCGGCGUGCGCCCCGGGGACGCAGUCUUCGGCCUUGCCACCGGCUCCCUGGGCUCCCACGUGCACGCGUCGGCGCUCACGUUGGUGCCGGUGCCGCAGAACGUCGGCUUUGAGGCGGCCGCCACCAUGCCCACAGUGUUCAUCACCGUCGACGCAGCACUCAACCAAGUGGCUGCCCUGCGGCCUAGCGAGCGAGUGCUGCUGCUGGCUGCAGCGGGCGGCGUCGGCCUGGCGGGAAUCCAGCUGGUGCAGGCACUGGGAGCGCGGCCGCUGGCCACGGCCGGCAGCCCCGCCAAGCGCGCCCUGCUGCGCUUGCUGGGCGUGGACGCUGUGUCCAGCUCGCGCGGCCUCGGCUGCUUUGAGGAAUGCGCGCUGUUUGGCGGCGCGGACGUGGUGCUCAACUCGCUGACGUCACCGGGCAUGGUGGGCGGCGCGCUGGCGCUGCUGCGGCGCGGUGGGCGGCUGGUGGAGAUCGGCAAGCGCGAUGUGUGGAGUGGCGCCGCGGUGGGCGCCCAGCGUCCCGAUGUGGCAUACAGCCUGCUGGCUGUGGACUUCAUGCCCGAGGCGGGCCUGCACGCAGCCAUGGUGCGGCUGUCAGCGCGCCUAGCUGCGGGCGUCGUGCGCCCUCUGCCCGGCGCAGUGCAUGAUCUGCGCAACGCGGCAGCGGCACUGCGCCAGCUGAGCCAGGCGCGCCACGUAGGCAAGGUAGUGGUGCGCGCCUCUGGCGCAGCUGCUGCCGCCUCCGGCUUUGGUGGCGGCAGUGGCGGGGGCUCAGCGCUGUUCGGUGCUGCCGAGCGCAGCUGUGGUGGCGCUGUGGUGGUGCUGGGCGGCACAGGCACCCUCGGCAGCCUCAUGGUGGGUUGGCUAGCGGAGAGCGGGGUCGGCUGGAUCCCAGCCGCAAGCCGCAGCGGGCGGCUGUCAGGGCCGCUGGCAGAGCAGCUGCUGGGAACAAGUGGCAGCAGCGCCGCCCAGGGCGCCGCAGUGUCGGUUGUGGCGUGCGACGGCGGCGCUGCUGCAGACGCGGCUGCCUUGGAGGCGAGCCUGGGCGGCCGUGAGCUGCUGGGUGUGCUGCAUGCCGGCGGCGUGCUGGCAGAUGCUACGUUCGCCAACCAGACCGCAAGGGGCAUGCGUAAGGUGUUUGGUUCUAAGGUCCAGGCCUUGGAGCUGCUGCAGCGCCUGCUGCGCCGCCAUCCGGUUGCAACCACUGUGCUGUUUAGCUCAGUAGCUUCCCUGCUGGGCAGCCCCGGCCAGGCCAACUACGCCGCAGCCAACGCCGCACUUGACGCGGCGGCAGCGGCGCUGCAAGCUGGCGGGGUUGGGGCGCUCAGCGUGCAAUGGGGCGCGUGGGCCGGCGCAGGCAUGGCGGCCAACGACCCCCAGACGGCUGCGCGCGUGGAGCGCAUGGGCAUGGCGCUGGUCAGUCCGCGGGCGGGCCUGGCCGCGCUUGAGGGCGCCCUGGCCGCCUCCGCUGCCAGCGCCAAGCCCGUCGUGGCAGCAACACCCAUUCUUUGGCCUGUCCUGCUGCGCCGCUUCUUUGGCGCGGCGGCGGUGCCUCAGCUGUUUUCGGAGUUUGCGGGCGCGCUAUCAAAGCGGCCCGCGCCUGCACCUGGCGCGGCCGGCCCGGCAGGCGGCCCCACGGCCCCAGCAGGCGCGCCGCGCCGCCUCGGCCGCGCCGCGGUGCGAUCCCUGGUGCGCGACGCUGUGGCCUCUGUCCUGGGCCCUGCAGUCAAUGACGACGAGCCGCUGAUGGCGGCGGGCCUGGACUCCCUGGGCGCGGUGGAGCUGCGCAACGCGCUGGAGGGCCGCCUGGGCGGCCUGCAGCUGCCGCCCACGUUGGUGUUUGACUACCCUGCUGUAUCCAGCAUGAGCGAUUACAUCUCCAGUCGGUUGGGGCCGGAGGAGGAGGAUGGAAUGCCAUUCGGGGCAGCAGCGGGAGCCGCACUGGCGGCAGGACGGGCCGCUGAGCCGCCCCUGCCGCCGCCCGUGCCCGCGGCGGGCGCGGCUGCGGCAGCGAGGCCCGUCGUCGCCAUCACCGGCGCCGCCUGCCGCAGCCCUGGCGGCGCGAUCGGCCGCGCCGCGGCGUCGGACGCCGUGCGCGCGGUGCUGCUCAGCCGCUGGGACUGGGAGCGGCUCGCGGCUGCGGCAGCGGCGGCCUCUGCCGCCGACCCUGAAGAGCGCCCCGCACGCUUCGGCGGCUGGCUGGAUGGGAUUGAGAUGUUUGAUGCGGCGCUUUUUGGCAUCAGCUCCACAGAGGCGGAACUAAUGGAUGCACAGCAGCGACUGCUGCUGGAAACGGCCCAUGAGGCGCUCUGGAGCGCCGCCGCCGCCGGCGGUGACGUCAUCGGUGACGUCAUCGGUGACGUCAUGAGCGGCGGCGGCGGCGGCGGCAGCUUUCGCGCAGCGUCGGUGCUGGGCACGGAUGCGUGCGUGGCCGUGGGCAUUGCGAGCGCGGAGUACAACAACUGGGUCCUGCGGCGCGCGGGGCAGCCGCCGUCGGCGUACGGCGCGACAGGUGGCGCCCUGUCCGUCGCCAGCGGCCGCCUCGCCUUUACCUACGCCCUUCGCGGCGCUGCUGUUUCCGUGGAUACUGCCUGCAGCAGCAGCCUGGUGGCCGCGCACUUUGCGGUUGGUCAGAUCACGGGCGGCGCCUCCGCCGGCGGGCUGGCCGCCGGCGCGGGGCUGCUGCUCUCGCCGGAGCCGACCGCCAUGUUCAAGAGUGCGGGCAUGCUGGCGCCGGACGGCCGCUGCAAAACGCUCGACGCGGCUGCAGACGGCUACGUGCGCGCAGAGGCUGUGGGCGUGCUAGUGCUGCAAGCGCUGCUGCUACAGCACGACCGCGGCGGCGUCGGUGGCGCUGCCGCGGCCGCACGCGGGGGCCGGGCCCUCGCCGUGCUGGCUGGCAGCGCCGUCAACCAGGACGGCCGCAGCAGCGGCCUCACGGCGCCCAACGGGCCGGCGCAGCAGGAGGUGAUCCGCCAGGCCCUGGCGGCGGCGGGGGUGGCGGCUACCGACGUGAACGGAAUCGAAAUGCAUGGCACGGGCACCAGCCUGGGGGACCCUAUCGAGGUCGGCGCCCUGGCCGCCGUGUUUGGCGGCAGCGGCGGCCGCGACAAGCGGCGCCAGCCGCUGCUGCUCACGGCCGGCAAGAGCUGGGUCGGCCACUCGGAGGCGGCAGCCGGCGUCGUCGGGCUCGUGCACGCGGCCACAGGCCUGCGGGCGUCGCAGGCGCAGGCGGUGCUGCACCUGUCGGCGCCAAACCCCUACCUUGAGGGAUCACUGCGGCCGCCUGGCGGCGCCGCCGCUGCCGGCGGGGCCUGGAGCCUGCCGCGGCAGGCGGCGGGGCUGCCGUCCCUCGGCGGCGCGGAGGAGGUGGCAGUCAGGGGCGUCAGCUCGUUUGCUUUCCAGCGCGCCCACACAUGGGCCGCCCCGCCCGCACGCCUGCUGGUCGACGCAGCGCUGCCCGCUGCGCCCGGCGCCGCGCCCGGCGUCCCGCCGCGCGUAGCAAUGCGGUGCGCCGUGGCGGGUGCGGCGGCGGCGUUCCUUCUCGACAACGUGAUCGAGGGCGCCGCGUGGCUGCCCACCUCCGCUGUCCUGGAGAUAGCAGCGGAAGCCGCUUCUUUGGUCACCGGCGCCGCCGCCGCUGCGACGGCACCACCCACAGCGGCGCUGGCGGGCGUGGUGCUGCCCUCCGGCUUGCCGCUCGCCUGGGCGGGCGCCGCUGACGUCACCUGCGUGCUGCACCCGGCCAGCGGACUGUUGGAGGUCCAGGCGGCCUAUGCGUCGGACCCCCAGCAGCCGGCGCAGCAGCACCGCCACGCCCUGCUCUUCGCCACCGUCACCCGAGUCACCAGCAGCGGCGGCGGCAACGGCGACGCUGGAGAGGCGGCCCCGGCCGCGCAGCGGCUAGCGCGCGUGCUGUUCGGUGCGCACGGCGGCGCGCUGGCAAACGUGCCAGGCGCCGCGGCGUACGCAUCCGUCGACGCCGCCGCGAUGCCGGACACCGGCGGCUUGAUCGCCCACCCCUGCGUGUUGGAAGCUGCCCUGCAGCUGGAGGGCGUCAUGGAGGCAGCUGCCGCGGCCGCAGCUGCCGCAGCCAUCGGCGAAGGGGCCGCAGCCGAGGCCGAGAAGGAAGCUGCACUAGCCGCAGCUGCGGCGGCCCAAGUCAUCCGGGUGCCUGUCAGCAUGGCUGCCUGCCUGCUGGACCGGCUGGAUGGGGCAGCCGCCCCGCCAAGCGCGCACGCAGCGCGGCGCGCUGCAGGCGGCCGCAUCUUGACCAGCGGCUGGCUGCGCCCGGGCGCGUGCGCCGCCGUCGCCGGCUCCGCCGCCACCGCCGCCGGCUGCCGCAUGUUUGAUGCCGAGUUCCGCCCUCUGGCCGCGCCCGCCGUCGCCGCGGCGGCCGCGGGCGCCGCGAUCGAGGCGGUGGAGGGCGCGGCGGCGUUUGGGGGCGGGCAGCGGCCGCCGUGGCUCGAUAUGGAGCCGUGGGAGGUUGAGGAUAUGGUGGCGUCUGCGGUGGAGGCCAUCGUGGGCCAGCCGAUCCCUCUGGACGAGCCGCUGAUGGCGGCGGGCCUGGACUCCCUGGGCGCCGUCGAGCUGCGCAACGCGCUAAGGGACCGCCUCGGCGGCCUGCAGCUGCCCAGCACCCUCCUGUACGACCACCAGUCCAUCUCAGCCAUUGCCGUCUUCAUAUUGGACGACCUGUCUGGGCCAGACGCCGCCAACGCCGUGGUCGACACGAGCAUCAGCGGCGGCGCGGGCCGGCUCGGCUCGCUCGCGCUCGCCGGCGGCGGCGCGGGUGGAAGCGGGCCGGGCGGGAGCGGCGGCGCGCCGUCGGCGCUGCUGAAGCUGCUGAGGGGCGCGCCGGCGCCGCGGCCGCUGUUCCUGGCAGCCCCGGGCGUCGCAAACGCACAGUCAGCAUAUUUUGCGUUUGCUCAGUUCCUCUCUUGGUCUGAUCAGCCGAUCUACGUGCUGGAGAAGGACAACGACCUGGACAUAUCCGCCCUGGCGCGCGCCAACGCGGCCGACAUUCUGAAGGUCCAGCCCGAGGGGCCGUUCCUUCUGGGGGGCCACUCCUAUGGCGGCACCGUGGCUGUCGAGGUGGCGCUGGUGCUGGAGGCGUGGGGCCACGAGGUCGGGCUGGUCAUGGGUUUCCAGGACUGA